AUUGAAACCACCCUAAAAGGGGUUUGUCAUUGCAUGUUCAGAGAUUAUUACAAAACACUUAAAAUGGAGAGGAUCAAUAAGCAUUGAAACCAUGCAUUGAGGACAUACUCUACCAUGAACCCAUGGUACUUCUUGCACUUCUUCACUUCACUUCUUGCAGUAAAAUUAUUCCACAAACAAACCUUCACAUAAGGCUCUCCAGUAGUAUAACAUAGCUUAGCUAGAGUCACACAAACCGACUUGACAUAACAGAGGGGCAAACAAAUUUGUGCACUCACACUUUGUUGUGUUACUCAAAACAAUUUCACAGAUGUAGAUUUUUAUCAUUUAUACAUCCCUAUUGCCCAAUUUAUACAUCUACAUUCCCCAAUUUACACCUCCCUAUUUCUCAAUUUUUAUCUUCACUGACGAUGAUUUUGUUUAUGUUCUCCCCGUGCCUGCGUGGGUGAGGGUUUCCUCCCACAUCGCCAAAAAAAACCUGCAUUAAUUGGACACUGUAAUUUGGCCCAAAAUAUGAUUGUGAGUGCAACUAUUGUCUGUCUCCAUUUGCCCUGUGAGUGACUGGCAACCAGUUCAGGUUGUACCCUGGCUACUGCCCAUUGAUGGCUGGGAUUGGCUACACCAACCCUCGUGAGGAUGAGUGGCUCGGAAAAUGAAGGAAUAAAUGGGUAUUCCAGAAAGGUUGCAUGCAGAAAGAAGCAGCGAGGCUCACCAAAAGCAAGAUUAUUAAUUCAAAUCAACUGCAAUUUUUUGAAUUUAAAUUGAUUUUAACAAAUAUCAGUCAAGUUUCCAAACUCAUCAGAGUACAGAAUCUACUCUUAUUAAAGUGGUAAAAGAUAUAAGAUUGAAUACUAACUCGGGAAAGGUGUCAAUUUUGAUCUUGUUGGAUCUCAUUGUGGCUUUUGAUGCAGUAGAUCACAAUAUACUGCAAAACAGGUUGAAAAUAUGGGUAGGACUAACUAGGUUCUUAAAUGGUUCAAGUACUACUUAGAGGAAAGGAACUACUUUCAAACCAUUGGAAGUGCUCAAUCACAACAAAUGGCUAUGACAUAUGGGGUACCUCAAGGGUCACUUCUUGGACCCCUCUCGUUCACCCUGUAUAUGCUACCCUUGGGUCAAAUUUUCCAGAGUUUUACUUUUGAUUAUCAUAGCUAUGCAGAUGACACAGUUAUAUGUAGCAGUGUCUCCUGAAGACUAGUUAAGUAGAGGUGUUGUGCCCCUGUCAUCUUCUUUUCCUUUCGGCUUGUCCCAUUAAGUGUUCCCACAGCGUGUCAUCUUUUUUCCUCUAAAUCUAUCUCCUGCAUCUUCCUCUCUUAACACCAACUGCCCUCAUGUGUUCCCUCACAACAUCCAUCAACCUUCUCUUUGCUCUUGCUCUUGCUCUUUUGACUGGUAGCUCCAUCCUCAGCACGCUUCUACCAAUAUACUCACUCUCUUGCCUCUGGGCACAUCCAAACCAUCGAAGUCUGCGCUCUCGAACCUUGUAUCCAAAACAUCCAACUUUGCCUGUUUCUCAAAUGACCUAAUUUCUAAUCCUAUCUAACCUGCUUACUCCGAGAGAUCUUCAUUUCUGCCACCUCCAGUUUUACUUCUUGUUGUCUCUUUGGUUGACACCAAGUAUUUGAAGUCAUCCACUCUCGCUAUCUCUUUUCCCUGGAGCCUCACUCUUCCCCCUCCACCCAUCUCAUUCACGCACAUAUAUUUUGUUUUACUUCGGCUAAUCUUCAUUCCUCUCCUUUCCACUGCAUGCCUCCAUCUUUGUAAUUGACCCCUCCGUACAGGGCACUUAACCACACCUCCUGAAGUUACGUCACCCCACGUGUGCUAACCUCAGACAAACAAUUAGCAAAAAUGGAAGCGCAGGAAGAAAAGACUAGAGCAAAACUGUCCGAUUUACCAGCUGAUUUCUCACUCGCAUUCUUAGCGAAUAGUGAAAUAUCGUUGAAAAGCAGACAGCAGGGCUUCAAGUAUUUCAGCGAGGGGUAUUUCAAUGGUAUUUCCAUGCAUAUCGACGGAGAAACCAUCGAUAUUAGCGCUAGAUCUUUCCGGAGUCAGAGGAAGACCAAGAAGCCACAUGCAUUGCAUCUGCAGUUGAAUCCUACAAGGAUAUCUGAAGCUCACUGUACAUGUCAAGCAGGUGUUUCUGGAUCCUGUUCACAUAUUGUUGGGCUGGUAAUAGCAUUACAACAAUGGCAGAUGAUGGGCUUCACAGAAGUGCUAUCUAGACUGGCAUGCUCAUCUCUUCCAGAGCAACGGAGCAAGCCAAGAGGUCACAAGAUUGAGGCAGUUGCAGUUCCACAAAUUGUAGUUGUCAACCCCAAACUUGUAAGAAAGAAAAGACCUGUGAGGAACACAUUGACAGACUGCAGAAACAUUCAAGUCAAACAAGAAGAUAUUGAUCACCUAAAGUCUUUGGAAGACUGUUCAAUGGCCUAUGUGGUGUCCAGCCAAAGACUGACAGUGAACACUCAUCUGGGUACAGUGCCUGUGGCCAGUGGUCUUGCAACAUCUGCCAAGUUCUUUGAACUAGAAGAUGCAAGGAAAGUUGGGACCUGUUGUGGUAAUCUAGCCUUCCCUCAAUUGGCAAAAGUUACCCCAUCUGAAAUAUUCAAGACAUGGUUCACUGAACUACUUCAAGAACAGUGUAUCCAGAUAGAAGAAAGGACAAGGGACCAAGCCAACAGUACUCUGUGGCAGACAGAAAGAAAAAAGUGUCUAACAGCAUCAAAUUUUGGGAAAACUUUGCAAAGAAAGAAAAUUAGUGAUAAAUUUGUUAUGGGAUUAAUCAACCCAAAGUGUUUCAAUUCAGUGCAGACUUCUUAUGGCCAAAACAAUGAAAAAGUGGCAGUUGGACAAUAUAUCAAAAGGACUGGAAACCAUGUACAUGACUGUGUAUUAAUAGUAAAUCCGAAAUUUCCAUAUCUCAGAUCUACACCAGAUGGCAAAGUGUGCUCCGAUGGAAAGACAGGGAUCCUUGAGGUCAAAUGCCCCUAUUCUGCAAGAGAUGUAACUGUGCAAGAAACCAGCACUUCAGAUAAUUUCUGUUUAGAAGAUAAUUAUGGACAAUUGUGUCUCAAAACUAAUCACAAGUAUUACUAUCAAGUACAGGACAGCUGCUCACAUCUGGAGCUGAAUUUUUUGAUUUUGUGGUCUACACAAGAAUAGACCUAUUUGUUCAGCGAAUAUACCCAAACAUUGACUUCAUGAGGAAUAUGUUGAAUGACCUGAGUCAAUUUUAUUUCCAACAUGUGACCCAUGAAUUUCUUUUUAGGGUUGAUUACAUUUGUGUCACAUAGGAUGUUUAUGUACUUCCCUAUAUGGAUCUUAAACUUCGUUUUGUUUUAACUUGAAUAAAGAAACCUGUGGAAAUAACAUAAAAUACAAUGGGGUUUACAAUAUCAUAGGUAAUCAUAAAUGGGUGUAAAUUCUUACAUCUUGAAUGCGUCUGACUCGCAGUAGAAAGUGUUGAGGUAGAUGUGUCGCCGUUGGUGCCAAUAUCUUCAGUCCGGGUGCUUUCCUCAGGCUGACUACUUACAGUUGAUUCCCUGUGAAUGAUUAAAUAAUAACUGAGUUUUAUACAUAAAGAAACUGUUUUCCAGAACUGUUAUGCUUCCAUAAAUAAAAAUUCAGU